AUGGAACGAUGGGAGAAGAAGCCAGUUAAGAUGUCUGUGCCACAAUUUGGAGGAUGGGAAAAUAAGCCUAAAGGCGUGCCUACAGAUUACUCCAUGGUGUUCAACCAAGCUCGCGAAAACAAGAAGAAUCAUAAAACAGAUUUAACUGAAAUCAGGCGUCUCAGCCUUGGGAAUGAUAGGAAUGCGGGCAACAAUGCUACGAAUUAUCGUCAUCGUCCUGGUCAUGGCCGUGGUCAUAAUCAUGAUUUUGGUCCUCAACAAACUCAUCAUCAUCAUCAUGUUCAUCCAGAUCCUCCUGUCAUGGAGAGAAGGAAUAUUUUGAGUUACAUGAAUUGUUGUAUGAGGAGGCCAUGA